GGUGUGCACUGACAGAGGCUACCAUAAAACUAUUUUGAGUAUGAACAUCUUUUAAAAUGGUAUAAUAUAUAUAUAUGAAAGUAUUGUUUUGUAAUAUAAUUUUAAAUGGUAAUUUAUACUGUAUCAUUCAUUCUACAGUUGUGAAAGAACGAAUGUGAAUAAUGUGUACUGAAGCUGAAAAUAGACAUUGCUCAAAUUUUUUUCAGCUGGUCUUUGAGAAGUGUAAUAUUUGAGCAACAAUAUUAAAUACUGUCUACAUUGCUCAGCCUGUACAUCCACAAUUGAAUUAGUAAUAUUUGACAACUACAAAUAAUAAGCUAGUGUUUUAAUUAUUUAGAAAUUUACUCUAGGGACAACAGAACCAAAAGCAGCUGGGCUUCAAAACACUAUGCGCAUUGUUCAUCAUUUACAUGAGAACGUUUCUGAUAAUCUUUUUCUGCCCUGCUCCUCAUAUAUAUUUUCUCACUCUCUACCAAAAAAAAAAAAAAAAAAAAAACCCUACUGCUUUCGAAAACCAAUCAUUUUCUGUGGUAUUAUUCAAUAAUGUAACUUUAAGGGAAGAUCAGUUUUCUCUUCAGAUAUUUCAUAUGCGCACACCUUCGGAUCCAGGCCACCAAAAUCCUUUUAUUUUGUUUUUUAAAGAACCUAUAAUUCUGAAUUUUAUUAUCACUUGAAUUAACAUAAUUAAUCAUAAUUAAUUCAUAAUCAAGUUUAAAGCAGCAGGCAACAAGCGCUAUUUUCCUUUCUCUCAUGGGUUGGAUAAAUGUAUAUCUUUUGGGGAUCACGGGGCUGCCUGAUUUCAGAUGGUUAGCCACAUCAAGCCCAGAGACUAGGUUACUGACCCUUAUUCUAGAGAAUGCAUCUACAGUUUUCUGAAUUGGUUCAGGAUUUUGUCUCCAGUGCAGGUAGAAUUACGGGAAGCAUGUAAAUGAAAACUUGGUUUCCGUAUAUUUUCAUAUAUUGAAAGUACAACUAGUCCUCAACUUACCAUUCAUUUAGCAAUCAUUCAAAGCUAGUAACAGUGCUGAAAAAUAUGUCCUUAUACGUGCAACCAUUACAGUGCGCCUAUAGUCACAUGAUCAGAAUUUGGGAUCUUGGCAACUGACAUGAGUUUAUGAAAGUUGCAACAUUCCAGGGUCACAUGAUCAACAUUUGCAACCUCCUUAGUUGGCUUCCACUAAGCAAAGUCAGGGGGUGGGGGUGGAGUUCGCUUAAUGACUGCAUGCUUCAUACAACAACAAUGGUGUUCACUUAAAAUCUAGAGCAAACCUGGUCAUAAAAUUGGAUACAACUCACUUAACGACUGCCUCAAUUAGCAACAAAAGUUCCAGUCCCAACUGUGAUUGUAAUUGAGGACUACCUGUAAAAUGCUUCCUUUUUCAUCUGAACCUGAGGCUCUUAUUAUGUACCAUACUAUUAAUAUUAUGGAACCUGUACUGCAUAGUUCCAAGAUGCAAUGAAUGAGACACAUAUGUAUCCUGUGAACGUUUGUAGUUAUUCUUGAGAAAAUGAACAUUUGUUGGUGUAUGCUGUGCACUGGGGAAAAGAAAGCAGACUUAAACUAAUAGGGUCAAUUUCCUAUUAAGCCUUUGCAGGGUAUGCAGUAGUGGGAAGAAUGGUUUGGUGAAAAUCACUGUCCCUUUUUCUCCAACAAAAUUCUGCUGAACCAUUAGUUGAAGCCAACUAAUAUAAACAUAAAGGACAGGAGAGAUGUCCCCUUUUGCUUUCUUUAACGACCACAUGAAACUUGAGAAGCCAUCUAAAGCUAAAUCAUUUAGUGGAGUUGGGCAGUUCCCAAGUGUCCAACAAGAAGGCCUGGUUUAGGCUGCGAUGGCCACUGUCAUUCCUGGUGAUUUGUCAGAAGUAAGAGAUACCCAGAAAGUCCCUUCAGGGAAACGUAAGCGUGGUGAAUCCAAACCAAGAAAAAACUUUCCUUGCCAACUGUGUGACAAGGCCUUUAACAGUGUUGAGAAAUUAAAGGUUCACUCAUACUCUCACACAGGAGAGAGGCCCUACAAGUGCACACAACAAGACUGCACCAAGGCCUUUGUUUCUAAGUACAAAUUACUAAGGCAUAUGGCUACUCAUUCUCCUGAGAAAACCCACAAGUGUAACUAUUGUGAGAAAAUGUUUCAUCGAAAAGAUCAUCUAAAGAAUCACCUACAUACACAUAAUCCCAAUAAAGAGGCCUUUAAGUGUGAAGAAUGUGGAAAGAACUACAAUACGAAGCUUGGAUUUAAGCGUCACCUGGCUUUGCAUGCUGCAACAAGUGGUGAUCUCAACUGUAAAGUAUGUUUGCAGACAUUUGAAAGCACAGGGGUACUGCUGGAGCACCUAAAAACUCAUGCAGGCAAAUCAUCGGGUGGAGUGAAGGAGAAAAAACACCAGUGUGAACAUUGUGAUCGACGGUUUUACACCCGAAAGGAUGUCCGAAGACACAUGGUAGUACACACUGGAAGAAAGGACUUCCUCUGUCAAUAUUGUGCACAGAGAUUUGGCCGGAAGGAUCAUCUAACACGGCAUAUGAAGAAAAGUCAUAAUCAAGAACUUUUGAAGGUCAAAACAGAGCCAAUGGACCUUCUUGACCCAUUUACUUGCAAUGUUUCUGUGCCUAUAAAGGAUGAGCUGCUUCCAGUGAUGUCUUUAUCUUCCACUGAACUGACAUCAAAGCCAUUUACAAACACUCUACAAUUAAAUCUAUACAACACACAACUUCAGUCCAUGCAGAGUUCAACAUCUGCACACCAAAUGGUUGCCACAUCAUUACCUUUAGGAAUGCCUUGUCCAAUAGAUAUGGAAUCAAUCCACCCUUCUCACCAGCUUUCUUUAAAAUAUCCACUCAGUUCUACCUCAUAUACAGUUUCUAUGACUGAGAAAGACCAGCCAUUGAAAGGGGAAAUGGAAAGUUACUUAAUGGAACUGCAAAGUGGUAUGCCUUCUUCAUCCCAAGAUUCUCAAGCAUCAUCAUCUAAGUUAGGGUUGGAUCCUCAAGUAGGUCCACUAGAUGAUGCAUCUGGGGAUGUUUCUCUUUCCAAAAGUUCUGUUUCUAUAAGUGAACCUCUAAAUACCCCGUCACUGGACUUCUCUCAGUUAUUCAAUUUUAUACCAGUAAAUGGACCUCCUUUUAAUCCUUCUGUUUCUGUGGGAAAUCUUGGAAUGAGUUACUCACAAGAGGAAGCACACUCAUCUAUGACUCAGCUUCCUCCACAGGCACAAGACCUUCAAGACCCUGGUAAUGGUAUUAGCCUUGGGUCUCUUCACUCAUUGUCUGCAGCUUUCACUAGCAGUCUAAACACAACCACAACUCUACCACGUUUUCAUCAAGCGUUCCAAUAAGAUGAGAAAAUCGCCUUGUGACAAAUCUGUAGAAAUGCCUUAGAUGACUUUAAAUACUGUAGUGCCUACUAUGUCAUUUGUAAAUCUACUUUUGUACAGUACCAGUCUCAUUAAGCCAGUAUAAAAUUCAAAUUAACUUUUAAAAUAUUUUGAAUGUGUUUGUUCACAGUUGUUUACUCUGGGUGUUAAAACAAUCUGCAUCGUCACUGCCAAUAGAUCCACAAUUUUUAAAAAGUCUAUGAAAAAAAUAUUUCCAGAAUGUUAUGGAUCUCUUGUUUUGAAGCUUCAUUGAGAUUUGAUAAUUUUUAUGGUAAUUAAAUGAGGCUCUUCUGAUAAUUUUAAGAAAGAAUAAAAUAUUAAAAAUUUGGUUUCAUGAAAAAUGUAUAAAACAAUUGAAACGAUUUAUAAAUGAAUACAUUUGUUACCAGUAUGAAAAAUUGUUCAGCUUUUUACGUGUACAUUUCUAAGAAGGUCUGAAGGACCUAUUAUUUUUUCUUAAAUAAUUUCAUAAUUAGGGGUAUAAAUGUAUUUCUUCAUUUAAGUGCAAUUACAAAGAAGUAUGAUUUGGCAAAAAAACCCUAUGCCUUAUUGGCAACUUUAAUAGAGACAAAAUUAAGAGCUUAUUUUGAAAUAUAAAUAUUUUGGUUUCAUCAUUCUGUAAAUAUCUGUUAUUUUCUAUUCUCAUUUAAAAUAUGAGUCAAAAUCUGCCAAAAGGUUUCACAUGUUAAUUUCAAUUUGAAGUUAGAAAAUGAAUGUAAAUCCACAAAUAUGUUUUUUCCAUAAUUACAUUGGAGCUAAACACUUUUGAGUUGUAUUUCAUGACAUAUAUUGUCCCCUGUGCAAGACCUUUGAUGGUAAUCUUCCUUACCACACCUGGGUAUUUGGCUAGUGAUUUUUUUUCAAUGCCAAGAAUUUAAAACAGGACUCUCAGGAGUGAAGUAAAAGCAUAUUGCUUAUGCCACUUUUACUUAAUAUUCAAGGUAUUUAGAAAAACUAAUAGCAAAACAGCUAUUCAUGCUGUGUGUCAAAUUGCUACUCCUUUUCAAAACACAUUCUUAUUUUCCCAGUAACCAAAAGAAAGAAAAACUGUGAUAUAAAAAUGGAAAAUGUACUUUUGCUGUAAUUUGGAAACAUAUCCACUGAUACCUUUAGAUUUUUAAAUCAUAUAAUUAUGACUAUUCAUUAGUGUGGUUAAAUACAUGAGUUUUAAGUAGUUAAAGGAAAUAUAUUUAACAGAAACAAAGUUGCUCCCAUUAAGGAGCUUUGGCUCCCAAUAUUUGUAUCAUAAGUUCCUACUUUAUCGUAGGAGCAAUAUGCAGGUAUGAUUUUACUAUUUUAUACUGAUGUAUUUAAAUUUUAUUACUGAAUAAUAACUUUUAUAAGUGUUUUGUUCCAAAGGCAUUAAAAUAAGGAUGUAUUAAUAAGGAAAAGACCUUUUCAAAUUUUGUAAGCUGCUCCAAUAUGCUGUGAGAAUACUUUCUCAAAGUAGUCAUUAGCUCUGCUGCAUGAUUGCUUCUUUUAGUUUCUAUGAAACAGAUUGCUAAAAUGUAUCUUUAAUGGAAUGAUUUGUUCAAUAUUGCUUUUCAGGCUUUUAGCACCAUUAUUUUAAUCCCAGGGGUUGGCGGGAUUUCAGAAAGGAGAAGUCUUUGUCUUUUCAAAGGACUAAUAUUCUACAAGAAAUGUAAAUGUCCUUAUGUGCCUUUUUUGUAGAUGGUGAUUACUUUCAACCCUUAAAAACAGAAUUGGCUUCAGCUUCAUUGUCUUUAUCCCAGUUUUUUUUUUCAUUACUCAUAAUUGUUUGUGUUCCUAGGAAAAUACUGUCAUUAGACAGAUAAUCGAAAACAAAUUUUCAAUCAUUAAAGAAGUGAAAUGAACCAA